GAAGCUUCAUUCAAACUUUUGCUUUGUGGUUGUGACCUCUGUAACUUUCAUUUGCAAGAAAAUAGCAGCACAUCAUCCCAUCCCUUCCCUUCCCUUCCCUUGACUUUUGAUCCAUAACAUCCAUUAUGGAGGCUUCCAAGCACCCCUCCGCCCAGCCCCAAGCUCACCCUCCCCCUCACCCAGAGAAGCUCAACGGAGGAGAUGCCCCUGCCCCAACUGAUCAUAAAGACAGAUGUUCCGUGGAGGAGGUGGCGUUGGUGGUCCCUGAGACCGACGAUCCAACCCUCCCGGUCAUGACAUUCCGUGCAUGGUUCUUAGGCUUAACCUCAUGCACCAUCUUGAUUUUCCUCAACACUUUCUUUAUCUACAGAACUCAGCCCCUCACCAUCUCCGCCAUUCUCAUGCAAAUCGCCGUUCUCCCGAUUGGCAAGUUCAUGGCUGCUGCAUUGCCCACCAAAACCUACACUUUAUUCCGACGGUGGAGCUUUAGCCUCAAUCCGGGACCAUUUAACAUCAAGGAGCACGUCAUCAUCACUGUUAUGGCUAAUUGUGGGGUUUCUAUUGGUGGUGGUGAUGCUUACUCCAUUGGUGCUAUUACCGUCAUGAGGGCUUACUAUAAGCAGACCUUGAGUUUCCUAUGCGCUCUCUUGAUUGUCUUGACUACCCAGAUAUUGGGUUAUGGAUGGGCUGGGAUGCUAAGGAAGUAUCUGGUUGACCCUGUUGAAAUGUGGUGGCCUUCGAACCUUGCUCAGGUUUCCCUGUUUAGGGCACUUCAUGAGAAGGAAUCAAAAUCACAAGGCAUGACAAGGAUGCAGUUUUUUCUUAUAUUCCUGGCUGCGAGCUUUGCCUAUUAUGCACUUCCCGGUUAUCUGUUCCCAAUUUUGACAUUCUUUUCUUGGGUCUGUUGGGCGUGGCCUCGUAGCAUAACAGCACAGCAAAUUGGUUCUGGGUACCAUGGAUUGGGCAUUGGUGCUUUUACCCUUGACUGGGCUGGAAUUUCAGCUUAUCAUGGCAGCCCGCUAGUCACACCUUGGUCUUCAAUUUUGAAUGUUGCCGUUGGCUUUGUCAUGUUUAUCUACAUUAUUGUCCCUCUAUGUUAUUGGAAGUUCAACACCUUUGAUGCUCACAAGUUCCCCAUAUUCUCCAACCAGCUGUUCACUUCUACUGGCCACAAAUAUGAUACAACCAAGAUUUUGACCCCGAAUUACGAACUUGACAUUCCUGCCUAUGAAAAAUAUAGCAAGCUCUACCUUAGUCCUCUCUUUGCCCUUUCAAUUGGAUCAGGCUUCGCUAGAUUUACAGCAACCCUCACUCAUGUAGCACUUUUCCAUGGCAGCGACAUUUGGAAGCAAAGUAGAUCUGCUACCAAGAACGUCAAAUUGGACAUCCAUGCAAAGCUGAUGAAAAGUUACAAACAAGUCCCUCAAUGGUGGUACCUCGUCUUAUUAGUAGGCAGCAUUGCCCUGUCCCUAAUGAUGUCUUUUGUCUGGAAAAGAGAAGUUCAGCUGUCAUGGUGGGGAAUGCUCUUUGCAUUCGGAUUGGCUUGGAUUGUUACACUCCCUAUAGGUGUUAUUCAAGCAACUACUAACCAGCAACCAGGAUACGACAUAAUUGCUCAGUUCAUAAUUGGAUAUGUCCUCCCAGGAAAACCUAUUGCAAACUUGCUUUUCAAGAUUUAUGGCCGAAUCAGCACUAUUCAUGCUCUCUCUUUCUUAGCUGACCUUAAGCUUGGGCACUACAUGAAAAUUCCUCCGAGAUGCAUGUACACAGCUCAGCUGGUAGGAACACUAGUGUCCGGUACAGUCAACCUUGCAGUAGCAUGGUGGAUGUUGGGAAGCAUCGAAAACCUGUGCGACGUCGAGGCUCUGCAUCCUGAGAGCCCCUGGACCUGUCCUAAAUUUCGAGUCACUUUUGAUGCUUCUGUGAUCUGGGGUCUAAUUGGACCGGAACGUCUGUUUGGACCUGGUGGUUUGUACAGGAACCUGGUAUGGCUAUUCAUAAUUGGAGCAGUCUUGCCAGUGCCAGUUUGGAUGUUGAGCAAAAUGUUCCCAGACCAGAAAUGGAUCCCUUUGAUUAACAUACCAGUUAUAUCUUACGGCUUUGCUGGAAUGCCCCCUGCAACCCCGACCAAUAUUGCAAGCUGGAUCAUUACUGGAAUGAUCUUCAACUACUUCGUUUUCAAAUACAGAAAAGGAUGGUGGCAGAAAUAUAACUAUGUUUUGUCAGCUGCACUGGAUGCUGGAACUGCUUUCAUGGGCGUGCUAUUGUUCUUUGCGCUGCAGAAUGAAGGGAAAAACAUCAAGUGGUGGGGGGCUGAGCUGGAUCACUGUCCAUUGGCGUCCUGCCCAACAGCACCUGGAAUUGUAGUUGAAGGAUGCCCUCUUUUUAAGUAGGAUAUGUUGAACAUGAUGGUUUCUGUGGUUUGACCCAUGUUCAAAGAUAAGUUCCAUGCAUAGUUUUAGAGGCCAGUGAAAUCUUCGACGCUGAUUGUAGUCGUACGAAGUUUUGCAUAAACUCUGAGAAGCAAUUCCUAUCUUUGAGUUCUUGUAAGUGCUCAGUUAUACUAUACGGUUUUGCAGGAAUGCCUCCGGCAACUCCUACCAAUAUUGCUAGCUGGAUCACUACCGGAAUAAUCCUCAACUAUUUCGAAUUCAAAUACAGGAAAGGAUGGUGGCAGAAAUAAUGUUUUGUUAGGGUUGAAGUGGUGGGGAGCUGAGAAGGAUAACUGUCCAUUGGCUUCCUGCCCAACAGCACCUGGAAUUGUAGUUCAGGGAUGCCACUUUUUCAACUAGGAUAGCCAUAGGUCCCUGUAGAGUAUUAGGUGCUUCAAUUUCAAGUAAUUGUACGAUUUGUGUUAGUACAUGUAAAGUGGAGUUAGUCCUUAAUUUCCCAAUAUUUGAACAAGUUGGUCUCUUCUUCUCC